AUGGGUAAUAGGGACCGUAAUACAAGGAAAAGGGUCCUAAAGGGACUUCAGAAAACUAAAUUCUAUUGCCAGAUAUGUGAGAGACAGUGUCUUGAUGAAAAUGGAUUCAAAUGUCACAUCCAGUCAGAGUCCCAUAUCAGGAAAUUAGGUACCAAGAUGUCGGAUGCGGGACAUAACUCAAAAAGGUUGGUGGAUGAAUACAGCGAAGAAUUUCUAAAGUCAUUUUUAGGGUUGUUACGACGAAUGCAUGGAGAGAAAAUGGUGGGUGCCAACAAGUUUUACCAGGAGUACAUUCAGGAUAAGGACCAUGUGCAUAUGAACUCUACUAGAUGGAACAAUCUUACGUCAUUGGUGAUGUAUUUAGGGGAGAGUGGGAAGUGCAAAGUCAAGGUAACUGAUGAAGAAUUGGAUGAUUCAGAUUUGGAGAAGUUCUCUAUAGCCUAUAGAGAUGAGAAGGGAGAUUCCAUAGGGAAAAGAAAGGAGCGAGAAAAGCAACAGUUGAUUAAGAACGAUAAAGAAGUGAGCGACAAUUUAUUGAGAGACCAAAUUGAAAGAGGAAAGAAAAGGCGGAUAGAAAGAACAGAAUCAAAAGACGAAGAACAGAAAACACCAAAUAAAAAAAAGCAGCAGCAGCAGGAGCAGCAGCUUCAAGCAUCCGGCUCAGCCUUCGUAUCGAGAUCGCGUAGCGAUCCGUCACCUAGACCUUCUACGCGUCUUCCUUCUAUUGCCUCGAUAUUUUCCACGAAAAAGGCAUCGAAUUCGGCAGAGGCUAAAUCAGCAGAGGCGAACUCAGCAGAUAAUACGGUGUGUGCCGUACCUUCUUCGUCCACGCCUAAAACAACCUCUUUAGGCUCAAUCACCCUUCCUUCAAUAGAUCAUCUUACAUCCAGCCCCUCCUACGCAAGAUCACACUCAUAUCCUAGUCUACCACUGCCUUCCAGUACGCCCAGAACGGAGUCCUCGGAGGAUUUGUCCAGUAAAUCGUUCAUCCCCGUGACUCCCGUGUCGAGGAACAUCCUUCUACCUCCCUCGCAUUAUGGAUCAACGGCUGCAUUUGCAUACGCUCCUCAGUCAUCCACUCCUAUUUCGUACGGAACUCUUCCUGCUCCUCCUAUAUUUAUGAUGCCGGUCCAACCUUUAUCAUUUGUUUAUAGACGUUCAGAUAAGACGUCACCUUCUACUCCAGCAAGAUCAGCAGGCAGUAAUGGUGCUUCGACGUCAUGGUUGGCUGCUACUCCCCUGAAAACUCCUAUGAAAAGAAAGAGAACUCCUUCUAAGGCAGAGAAGAAGUACGCUUUCAUCUCGCAUAAUCAAACCACCUUUCUCUCGUGCGAGCCGAGUAUAGAUAAUGCUAGACUGGCAAGAAGAAAGAGAAGAAGAACCAGUCCUACUGAACUAGCUGUACUUCUGGCAGAGUUCAAGAAGGGGUCGACUCCUAAUAGGGCCAGAAGAAAUGAAAUUGCAUCUAAAGUUGAUAUGACUGAAAAAGCCGUUCAGAUCUGGUUCCAGAAUAGAAGACAGGCUCUCCGGAAGAGCAAAAUCAUCAAAACUGUUGUCGUAGAGGUUCCUAAGAAGGAUGAGCUGGACGAAAAUAUACUGAAUAACGGAUCGUAUGAGGGAAGUGUUGACGACGGUAAUGUAACGAUGUCAGAUUCAGCUCGUACGUCUCCCGAGGCUUCUCCAGUGAAAUCAGAGCCUUCCAAUUCGUCGUUUUCGAUUUCUGCAGACACCAGCUCCUCAUCAGUGGUCGUUCCACCGCCUAAAGUUACAUUUACGUCACUCGAGACCAGAACGGCCACCUCCAGGGAUGGUAAACUACCUCCUACAGGUUUAUUUGUGACACCAUCAAAGUUAAAGUCAGAUACAAACAAACGGAACGUUUUGACAUCGCCAUCAGUCUCUCACAACGAAAACCACAAGCAUAAUCCGCUCACCUUCCGGUUUAGAACAACCGAUUUUAUGAUGAUGAAUCCAUCCCAGCCCGGUGGUAGGAGACAAAAACCUACAAUGAAAUUGAAAUUGAGCAAGAGCAAUAGCAAUAGCAGAAUUGCUCUUCAGGAUAAGACAAACAUUGCUAACAAUAGAACCAGACAAACGUUGCAAACAGCAAAACCAGCCAGAAGCCCUGUCGCUAGUUCUAAUUCUCAAACCGCCUCUACAAACUAG